AAAGCAAAGGAUGUUUCUUCUACCGCUUCUCGCAAAGAAACAUCGAUUGAAACGACAUCGUUUUAGCAGAGCGGUGGAGGCUUAUGAGAUGGCAAGCUCUCUUAUCUUUCUUCUUUGGUUCACCAAACACCCAUCUUUUCGAAAGAUCCAUACUAAUAAGAGAAAACUUGGAAAAGCGGGCUCCAAAUCUAUCAACCUGAACCUAGAAGUAUUGAAGCGGUUAAAGGAGGUGGUCUGCGGGUAAUCGGAGGAGAAGCUGAGUGGAAAUGCCGGUGGAGGAUUUGGUGGAUAUAAAGUUCAGGCUUUAUGACGGAUCGGAUAUUGGGCCGUUCCCGUACUCGGCGACAUCCACAGUCGAUAUGCUUAAGCAAAGGAUUGUCUCUGAUUGGCCCAAAGGUAAGACGAUUAUUCCAAAGGCAGUGAAUGAAGUCAAACUGAUCAGCUCGGGUAAAAUAUUGGAGAACGAUAAGACUGUUGGUCAGUUUCAAGUUCCCUUUGGGGAAGUAGCAGGUGGAGUUAUUAUAAUGCAUGUUGUAAUACAGCCAGCUCUUGCAAAGACUAAAACAGAAAAGAAGAUUGAUGAGUCACCCAGAAAGAUUGAAUGCUCAUGCUCCAUUUUAUAAAGGCAAACGUGUAGAGUUGGGAAAUUGUUUACACUGGUAACAAUGUUUAGGAUAGUAAACAUCUGGCCUUCCUGCAUGUACAUCGCAAAGUUGUGUACGAAUUCACAAUGGAGUGAUGAUGAUGCACAUUGGUUUUUUCUAUGAUUUGUGUAGUAACUUUUCGGGUUGUUUCCCGAUAAUAGCUUGAAUCAUUUGAAAAGUUAUAUAGAGUAUGUAAACAAGAAACGUACACCAAAUUGUAAGAUAUGUCUAUUGUAUAAAUGCUAUCUAUUACUAAUAAAA